ACCCUAGCUGCCACCGAAAGAACCCUCCUUUUAUGUCUUCCUGGCUGUUCAUCGACUCUUGAUUGAUUAUCCCACCAAACAAAUGGCUCGCUCUAUCAAAAACCCCAAAAAAGCUAAGAGAAAGAACAAGGGCUCAAAAAAAGGAGAUGGAGCAUCAUCGUCUUCGUCGGGGCCGGCAAUUCAACCAAGGGUUUGGCAACCGGGUGUUGAUGAACUGGAGGAAGGAGAAGAGCUUCAGUGUGACCCUUCAGCUUACAAUUCUCUUCACGCUUUUCAUAUUGGUUGGCCUUGCCUGAGCUUUGAUAUUGUUCUUGAUUCCUUGGGUUCCGGCCGGAAUGAUUUUCCGCACACAGUUUAUUUUGUUGCAGGGACUCAGGCAGAGAAACCGUCGUGGAACUCUAUUGGAGUGUUUAAAGUAAGUAAUGUUUCAGGGAAAAGGCGCGAGCUAGUUCCUACCAAAUCUGCCGAGGGUGAUCCUGAUAUGGAUGCUGAAAGUAGUGAUAGUGAGGAUAGUGAAGACGAAGAAGAAAGUGGACCCAGUGCACCAGUUUUGCAGUUGCGAAAGGUGGCUCAUCAUGGUUGCGUUAACCGUAUACGAGCCAUGACACAAAACCCGCACAUAUGUGCAUCGUGGGCUGACAGUGGUCAUGUUCAGGUGUGGGACUUCAGUUCUCAUCUGAAUGCUUUAGCGGAAUCAGAAACAGAUGGUAUCCAAGGAAAUUCUUCCGUUUUUAAUCAGGCUCCAUUAGUUAACUUCCGUGGCCACAAAGAUGAAGGCUAUGCAAUUGAUUGGAGUCCCGUUGUCGCUGGAAGGCUUGUAACUGGGGACUGCAAGAACUGUAUUCAUUUGUGGGAGCCUGCAUCUGAUUCAACAUGGAAUGUUGAUCCUACUCCGUUUGUUGGACAUUCUGCAAGUGUCGAAGAUCUACAAUGGAGUCCAACAGAACCUCACGCUUUCGUCUCUUGUUCUGUUGAUGGCACUAUUGCAAUUUGGGAUAUCCGUUUAGGGAAGUCGCCGGCAGCUUCUUUUAAGGCACAUGAUGCAGACGUCAAUGUCAUCUCAUGGAACAGACAGGCUAGUUGUAUGUUGGCAUCAGGAAGUGAUGAUGGCACGUUUUCGAUUCAUGAUUUUAGGUUGCUCAAGGACGGAAAUACAGUGGUUGCUCAUUUCAAGUACCAUAAAUACCCAGUGACAUCCAUCGAGUGGAGUCCUCAUGAAGCCUCCACUUUGGCUAUUUCAUCAUCCGAUAAUCAAUUAACAAUAUGGGAUCUUUCUCUCGAGAAGGAUGAGGAAGAAGAAGCGGAGUUCAAAGCUCAAACAAAGGAGCUAGUAAACGCCCCACAAGAUAUACCUCCACAACUUCUUUUUGUUCAUCAGGGGCAAAAGGACUUGAAAGAGCUUCAUUGGCAUGCUCAGAUACCCGGAAUGGUCGUGUCGACCGCCGCAGAUGGUUUCAACAUCUUAAUGCCUUCGAAUAUACAGAGCACUCUCCCCUCCAAUGGCUCUUGAUGACUGCUGGGUGCUGCCUAUGC